AUGGGUGUUCCAGGAUUUUACCGAUGGAUGGUUCAACGCUAUCCAAUGGUUCGCAGAAAAAUGGCAGACCCAUCGCGUCCAAUUAUCAAUAGACUAUAUAUUGAUAUGAAUGGCAUUUUCUAUAAAGCUUUAGCUGCCACAGGAACUGGAAAUGAAGAUUUGACUCCUGCAUUAAAAGCAGAAAUAUUUAGAUAUACUGACAUGCUUGUACAAAUAUGUCGUCCAACUGACUUGAUUUUCAUUGCUGUAGAUGGACCAGCACCAAAUGCAAAAGCAUCUCAACAGAGAAGCCGUAGAUACUUAGCAGCACGUGACCAUUCAAUGAAUAGCUUUGAUCGUACCCAAAUUUCACCCGGCACAGUCUUUAUGGAUAAAUUGAAUGAUGCAUUAAUGGAAUUCAUUAAAGAUAAAAGAGAAAAGGAUCGCACCUGGUCUCGUCCACGCGUAAUUUACAGUUCCUCAUUUGUGGCUGGCGAAGGUGAACACAAAAUACUUGAUUUCAUUCGUGAAGGCAGAGCAAUUUCUGACUGGGAUCCAGACUUAGUUCAUUGCCUUUACUCCACAGAUGCAGAUCUUAUUUUCCUUGGCCUUCAGACACACGAAAAGAACAUCCUUCUCCUUCGUGAAGCCGAUGCGGCCAACUUCCAAAAAUCACUCUCUCCAUUUGAAGCUAAGACUGCUAUAACUAAUUAUUCAUUUGAUGCAUUUGAAUUAAUACAUUUCCCUCUCUUACGUGAAUAUCUUUUAUUAGAUUUCGGAUGCGGCAUUGACGAAAUCGAAAAAGUAAUUGAUGAUUUCAUUGCAAUUUCAUUCCUCAUUGGAAACGACUUUAUUCCAUCCUUUACAGAUAUUGACAUCCGUUCUGGUGAUUACAACGAUGUCAUCGACCAAUAUAGAAAGUUCCGCGAUGAAACAAAGUCACAUAUUGUUGUUGAUGGCAAUUUCGACUUUCAGAAUCUCAAAAUCUUCUUAUCAAUGGUUGUUGACAAAUGCCGUCAAAAUUAUGGUAUCAAGAAUGAGAUUCCAGAAGAAGAACUAUCUGAUAAGUUCUCAGAAGCUAACAAGAGCUAUCUCGAGAGUAAGUAUCCAGAAGAAUCGCAAAAGGACUACUUAGGUCUUUGCCGCGAGAUGUCCAAGUCAAUUCUCGAUGCAUUUUAUUGGGUUCUCCGUUAUUAUAACUCUGGAUGCAUUUCUUGGACCUGGUCUUAUCCAUAUUUGUAUGCUCCACCUCUUGAAGUUGUUAUUCCAUUCAUUGACGAAUACAAACCGGAGUUCGAAACAGGCAAGCCAAAUCUUCCAUUCUUGCAACAACUUUCCAUCUUCCCACCACAAUCAGCUCAUCUUAUGCCAGAACCUCUUGCAAACCUCAUGAAAGCUCCAUCACCAAUCGCAAAAUUCUAUCCAGAAAAAUUCGAGACAGAUCUCAACGGAAAGAAGGCAGAAUACCAUGCCGUUGUCGUCCUUCCUAUUCUCGACUAUGCGGCUAUCCAAGAAGCCUAUGAAUCUGUAAUUUCACAGGUUGAUGCCGAAGAUUUGAAGAGAAACAGACUUGAUGAUCCAGUCGAAUUCAUUGGACUUGAACCUAAGUCAUUCAAAGUUUCGACCGGCCAAACAUUUGAAUCAGUUGAUAUGACAGAAAUUGCACCUGAUUGUACUCCUACAUUCAACACUCUUCCAUACACAAUCGAAAUUCGUAAUGUUCCAGUCAAAAUCUUCGAAUACCCAUCUCAUAAUGCUUCACUCGUUGUUAAGAUCAAUCCAGGAAAAGAGAUGAAAUGCAAAGACUGCUUGCCACUCUUGAACAAGCAAAUAUUGAUGGGAUAUCCUUAUUUACGCCCAGCUUUGGUUGUUGGAGCAAUUGAUAAAGAGGAAUACUUCGAUGAGAAAGGUGUGAUCAAGCCAAGACCAGAGUCUAUCGACUUCCCUGCAGAAAACAGACAAGAUUUCCUUCUUAAAUCACGAGCCCUCGAGAUCCAAAUUACAUGUUUCCUUGUUGUUAAGCCAUUGGUUUACUGCACAAAUGAUGGCUCCAUCCUUGAUUUCGACACAAAGACAGAGCUCUUCCCAACAACUACAAUGCUCCCAAUCACAGAAGAAUCUAUUGGUUUGAGGUACGAAGAGCCAAAAGCAGAACCUUUCCAGAUUGGUGAAGAAGUUGUCUUAGUUAAAGGUGAAGGACAGGGCUGCAAGGCAACAAUCACCGCCCUUUACGAGGAAUCAGCCGAUCUUGCUGUCGUAGAAAGAAGCCAACCAAGUAUCAGAAAGAUCGUUGACGACGAUAACAGAGAAUGGACUCCUAUCGGAAACUUACUUAGAGCAAAUAAUAUUUCAUUCAAGGCUUUGCAACAUUGCCUUUCAGAAGUUAACUGCGAAGGAACAAAUAUUGCAUUGUCUUUAUUCUCGGCCAAUAGACGUCAGGUUGUCGAUGGAUACGCAAAAAUUGUUUUUGAUGAGUCUAAGGGAAGAAGUGACAUUUGGAUAACACAUGACGCUGCAAGAUUGAUCCCAACGUAUUUCCAGAAGGCAGGAAAACUGAAAGAAUUAAUGAUGAAAGCUGUAGCUGAAAAGAAAGAUUUCAGAUUGAAUCUUAAUUAUCAAGAUUUAUUCCCUGGAGAUGAUACUGAAUUCAAAAAGGAGCAAUUCAUUCAAUGGCUCACUCAAAAUUCUCCAGCUGCCAAAGCACCACUAGUUCCUGCAACAAAUGUCAGCUUGUCUUCAUCGGGUGUUGCUAAAAUUGAAGAAGCUUUAACAAAGUUCAAGGUUUGGACUAAUGUCACUAAACUCGAGCAUGUACUUUUCACAUCAAUGCUACGUAAGAGUGGCCAGAGACCAAUUAUUAAUGGAAAGAAUUUGCAGAUUGGAUCGCGCAUUAUUUCUGUCGCACCAAGCGGCAGCGUCCCAUUUGGAACUUAUGCAUCAGUCUGUGCAAUUGACAAUCAAAAUGGAACCAUUUCAAUUGUUUGUGAUGAGAUUUUAGCAUGCGGAACAAAGCUUGAUGGAAAACUCAAGACUAACCGCGGAAUGAGACUUAUGGAAAGAGAAGUUAUAUGCCUUUAA